UUGGUUCAGGGUGACGUGGGUUCUAAGUAGACCAGGAAGCAAGGCUGGGAGCUGGGUGGAGCUGUGCUGCUCUUUCCUGUACUUGGAGAGGAAGGGGUACAGGUAGCCUGAUAUCUGCUCUUGAGGGCGCAAGUCCUUCCUGUGCUGGGCCACUGGCCUCCCACCUCCUCCUGAAGCCACGGAGCCAGCCUGACGCCACCUUCCUGCUUUCCAUGGGCCCUCACAGGACUGGGGGUUCGUCCGUACCAACGUCUUUGCCGGCACCCGGAUUGACCCAAGCGCCCUGGUUCAGAGGCUGGAGCUGGACACAAGGAGCAUGGCCUCCCUCGGCAGAGGUGCUGAGGCAAAGGCCAUUUUGCCCAAGAAGGAGAAACUCAGGCUGCGGCGGGAGCGAUGGCUGCAGAAAAUCGAAGCCAUCAAGCUGGCCGAGCAGAAGCGCAAGGAGGAGCAGAAACGCAGGGCCACAGUGGUGGUGGGUGACCUACACCCCCUGAGGGACGCCCUGCCAGAGCUGGAGGAGCUGGAGGCCCGCCGCCCACCGCUGCCCAAGGGCAGGGUGAGUGGCCAGCCCCAGCCGGGCGAGCUCAGCCGGAUGAGUGCAGCCCAGAGGCAGCAGCUCCUUGAGGAAGAAAGGACCCGGUUCCUGGAGCUGCUGGCCAGCCCAGCCUACAGAGCCAACCCCCUACUGGCCAUUGGGCAGCAGCUGGCCCUCCAGAUGCAGCGGGAGGGCACCAGCCAGCUGUGAUGAGGGCAGGGUGCUGCCUUCUCCGAGGCUGUGCCCUCAGCAGCCUCCACCCUUCAGGACCUUCACUUUGUCAGAGAGGAGAGCAGCCUCCUGCAGCCAUACAGCCUUCAUGACUCCUGUGCUGCUACCCAGGGUGCCUGUGUUGGGGCGGAGCUUGGCAAGGCUGAGAUGGUGGCUGGGCAGAGCUGCGUGUGUCCCCCGGGGCCCUCAGGCGUGGCCUCCCCGCCAUUGGACACCGUGCACGGGUUCCCAGCUUUGCCUGCUGAAGGAAUCUGGGCAGGCCGCCUGGCUGAGCUCCUCAGAUGCCUGCAGCAGCCCUUGGGGCCCACCUGGCACCCGUGUGCUGCCCCCCCGGGUCGCCUAGGACCCCUCCUGCUCCUGUCCCCUCAUCCACACCACCCUUGCCAGGGUUGCGGCUUCCUCCUGGCCCCUACAUCCUGCUCAGUUAUGCCGCUCACCACCUGUUGCGGGGUCUCUUGGCCAAGUGGCAGGGUGGUUUCACACACCUGACUAGGCACUGGGGUUCGUGGGUGGCCGCCUGGCAUCCUCAGGAGGCAGAACGGGAGGAGUUGUGUCCUGGCCCUACAGCCCCGAGGGCUCUGCACUCUCUCAGUGGUGUCCCUGCUGUGCAGGACCCGCUGCCAUGUGGCCGGCAGGGGCCCUGAGAGGCUCAGGACCACAUGCAUCUGAGAGGGGUCAGCACCAGCGCCUGCUGCCCUCUUACUGAUAGUCUCUGUGCCCCCAGCUUCCCAUGCCAUCUCUGAGGCCACAGUUGGAGCCCACGUCCUGGACCCCCUUUCCUAGGAGAGCACUGAAAAGCGACAAACAGGGACACAGUGGGUAGCAGCUCCCAGUCCCUGGGGUCCAGGCGAGACCACACCCCAGGCCAUGUCCGGUCCCAGUGGAGAGGAGCAGCCUAGAGGUGGUGUUGGUGACACCUCUUCCUGCAGGAAGCUCGGGACAGAGCCUGCUGGUACAUGGCCUGGUGGGUGGCGGGUGGCUCUGUCUUCAGGCUCUGUGUGCACAGGCCUUGCAGCACACGCACCUUCACAUGUGUGGCUGUGUGAGCUGUCCCCAGCUGCCUGCUCUGUAGGUGAUCUGUGAGCCGUCCGAGGUGACCUGGGCCUGCCUGGCCUUUGGUCACUGUCCCUUUCCUGGGGAUCAGGGCCUUCCCUUCAGGGACCCCUGGGGAAGCGGCAGUGACAGCAGCUGGGGCAUGGGGCUGCCUCGGGGUUGAGCCGGUCCUGCCUUGGGGACACGUGAGCUGAGGUGUGACAGGAGGGGCCACCAGGCUGCUGUCAUCCGAGCAGGUGUGGGUGGGGCACCUCGCGUUCCGUGCAGGGCUCAAUUGUGAGCGCCUGCCUGCCAGGAUCCCCACAGGACCGGCGCCCUGCUUUCCUGACAGCACACGGGUCCUCCGUAUGUGGAAAGACAGAUGCCAGGGAGCAGCAGGCCUGCUCGUGGACCACUAGGAGCUUUGCUGUUCUUGUAUAUUUUCUGUCUUUGGAGGAUGAAAGAAUGAACAUGGAUUACUUUGUAAUAAACUUAGGUGGAAAA